UUAGCUCAGACAUUAAGACAGUAGCAAGCAGAUAAGACCAAAACUCGGAGCUAAUAUUCUUCCUACAGAAAUAAAUUCCAGUGCAAACUCAUAUACCUUUUGGUACUGAUCGUAAGCCUAGCCAGGAUUAAUCCGAAAAAUAUCAGAAGAUCAGAAACUCAUAUACCUUUUGGUACGGAUCGUAAGCCUAGCCAGAAGUAAUCAGCAAGAUAUCAGAAUGCCCGUGAAGAGAGUGGCUCCUGUGAUCACCCGCCUGGAGGAGUUCGAGCAGAAGCUACCUGGCUACCUGAAUAGCCACAACAAGUUGGCAAUUCUUUUGGAUUACGAUGGCACUAUGGCACCAAUUACGGAUAAUCCAAACAAGGCCCAUAUGCCCGUAGAACUGGAGAAGACACUCCGGAAAUUGGCCAAACACCCGCAAAUAUUCCUUGCUAUCAUUUCGGGUCGUGGCCUGAAGGAUGUCCAGUCUCAUGUGAAAAUCGAUGGCACCACCUUUGCGGGAAAUCAUGGCCUGGAGAUCGAAUAUCCAGAUGGUUCGAGGUACGACUUCGAGCUGCCUGCAGAAAUGAAAAAGAACUACACGGAUAUGGUCUGGGAACUCAAGGAAAAGAUGCAGAAGAAUGGCGCCUGGGUGGAGGAUAAGCGGGUUUCGCUCACCUAUCACUAUUGCGACACACCUGUGGAGCUGAAGGACGCACAGAACCUGUUGGCCACGGAGAUCUGUCUGCGGUACGGAUUUUGUGUAAAUCAAGCCCAUGAGGCUUUUGAGGCUAAACCGCCAGUCAAUUGGAACAAGGGCGAGGCUGCUCUUUACAUUCUGAAUAAAAAGUUUGGCGACAAUUGGCAAAAAGAUGUGAGGGUUGUCUUUGCCGGCGAUGAUACCACCGAUGAAGAUGCCAUGAGGGUUCUCCAGGGCUUGGGUCGCUCAUUCCGCAUUGAUGUCGAUGCCCAGGUCCAGACCUUUGCAGAUUUUCGAUUGCCCAAACAGGCUCUGAUGACUGAUCUUCUCAAGUGGAUAGCCCAUGUUUAUGUUUCCUAGAAAUUAUGGUUUAAUACUAGUGAUAUGAUUAGUGAGAUUUUAUUGAAUUAUAUAGAAAUUCACACUGGGUGCAAUUUUAAAAAUAAAAGUUUGAACCACAA